CCGGCCCCGCCGUUAUUCGGAUGCGGAGGCCGAGGCGGGCAGCGCCGAGAGCGCGGGGGUCCCGGACCAUGCUGGGUAGCGGGCGGCGGCGCCCGGCGGACUCGCACCCCGACCAGUGGGUGCUGGUUGCACCAGAGCCUGUUACUGAUCUUCCUAUGAAACCUGAUGGUGGACCUUUAUUUACAAGACUGCGUAAUCCAAGUACAGGGGAAGCUGCCCUCUACUUAUUCAAUAGCAGUGCACAGCAGCUGUUUGAAGUAAAAGCUUUUCAUGAAGAAUAUCGUUCUUGGUUUAUAGGUCAGACUGUUCAACAUGAUGGACGCCUAUUGUUUGCAACACCAGUGGAUCCUUUAUUUCUGGUGCUUUUCUACCUCAUAAAGGCAGAGAAAGAGAAAGGAAAGUUCCAACCACUGGAUCAAGUUGUGGUUGAUUCAGAAUUUUCUAGCUGUACGAUGUUGCUACAGUGUGCAAGAGUUAUGGACUCACUACAUCAUGUGAUAGAAGAAAAAGAAAUUGGCAAUAAGAAAUUUUAUAAGUACAGCCAAGAGAAGACAUUGAUGUGGUUAAAGAAAAAGGUCAACCAGACAGUGAAAGUACUUAAAAGCAGCAAUGUAUGUGUGGGUGGAAGGGUGCAAUCGGCUACAUUUAUCAGCGGCAAACAAAUCACAGAUAUUAAAGAAGAUGACUAUGUACGAUAUGCCCAUGGUUUAAUAUCAGAGUAUAUUCCUGAACAUCUGAGUGCUGAGCUAUCUAAGUACUUACAGCUUCCAGAACUUACAAGUCCAGAAGCAGACCCCCCGCUAAAGAAAAGGAAAUUCUCAGAUGCACCUGUGGAAGCAGAAGAAGACUAUACUAAGUUUAAUAGCAGUGAUCUCAAGAACAAAAAGACGACUAGCAAGAUGUCUGCCGCUCAGAAAGCUCUGGCCAAAGUUGACAAGACUGGAAUGAAAACCAUGUCUGCUUUCUUUAGUGCAAAAACUAAAGCAAGAAAAUAAAGAUUUGAAACUAAAACAUAUAUUUUGGUACAUAAUUAUUUUUGUAGUUACUAUUGUUCUAAAGCUAACCCUUGUCCCCUGAGUUUUUUUGUUGUUGGUUUAUUUAGUCCGUCAGCUAAUGAGGAUUUUGAAGCAGGAUUUUUGGAUUCAGUGAGUGUGUUACAUUUCUGAGAUUUACAUGUUGUAUAAAAUCAGACUAGAGCAGCUUCUUAAGGUUUCCUUAUUAGCCCUGGU